CAGGCCCCGCCCCCGCCAGGCCCCGCCCCGCCAGGCCCCGGAGCCUGCGGCGCUGCCUGCCCGCGGAGCGAGGCCUCUCUGGGGCCGGAGCGGAGCGGCCCGGAAAUUCUUCCUAUAUGGAUCAGCCUUCUAGUGAUGGUGAAACUGAAAGAAGACCACUCUAAGCAAAACCAGGAUGAGUCGGGUGCUAGGUGAUGCAGACAAUGCUCACAGUAGCAGUGUGGAAUCCUGCCCUUCCUUACGGGAUGUCCACUCCAUCAACCCCACGCAGCUGGUGGCGAGGAUUGAGCCGUACGAGGGCAGAGAGAAGAAAGGCAUAUCAGAUGUCAGAAGGACUUUCUGUUUGUUUGUUACUUUUGAUCUCUUGUUCAUAACCUUGCUGUGGAUAAUAGAAUUAAAUGUUAAAGGAGGCAUUGAGACUACCUUAGAGAAAGAAGUCCUACAAUAUGACUACUCUUCUUCAUAUUUUGAUAUAUUUCUACUGGCAGUCUUUCGAUUUAAGGUGUUAAUACUUGCAUAUGCAAUGUGCAGACUGCGCCAUUGGUGGGCAAUAGCUUUUACAACAGCAGUGACCAGUGCCUUUUUAUUAGCAAAAGUAAUUAUUUCACAGCUGUUCUCACAGGGUGCUUUUGGCUACGUGCUGCCCAUCAUCUCCUUCAUACUUGCCUGGAUUGAAACUUGGUUCUUGGACUUCAAAGUGUUACCACAAGAAGCUGAAGAAGAAAACAGAUUUUUAAUAGCACAGGAUGCUUCUGAACGAGCAGCUCUUCUUCACUCAGGAGUCCUCUCUGAUGGGCAGUUCUAUUCUCCUCCUGAAUCUGUGGCAGGAUCUGAUGAAGACUCUGAAGAAAAACAAGACAGUGAAAAACCAGUUGUAUAGCAGAUAGGAGAGAGCAGGAGGAAAACCUCUGAGGGAAGUUGUUGGGGUUCAGAAACUGGCAAACAGAGUCUGUGGCUGACUCGCUGGUGGAGCUGCUGAGAUGAGAAUUUACUCAUUAGAAAGCAAAGGGAACGGUUCCCAUGUACUGUAAUACCUCAUCAAGAUGUACCUUGUUGACAUAUGUAUAUUAGAUUGCCUCCCAGGUGGUAUGAAAAUAUUUGUCCAUGAUGUAUUUUAUGAUUCAGUGAUUCCUGAAGUUGAUCUUCUAAUGCCUAGGUAAUUACUGAAAGUGUUGUCUUGUGCACCUAAUCAAAAGACUGCUAAUAUAAUGAAGUAAAACUUCUCAGUGGUGGAAGUAUAUUUAAUGAUUGUUGGGACUCACUAGGUAAAACUGUUUUAUGUUGCUGCAAAUGUUGUCAUUAGUUUUAUGUUUAUUUUUUUUAACUCCAUUUUCAUUUUUUUUUUUAAUGGUUAUGUUCACUUUCUAAAAUAAAAGUGUUAAAACAUAGGUAA